CAGUUUAACACAGGACUGUACUGGAGAGUUAGGGAUGACGUUAGGGAUGAAGUCCAUAGAGGGUGAAGCAGUUUUCUGAACAGAGUCCAAGUAGAAGUCAAACCAUUCACUUUCUUAAGUCCACUCAUAUGCCGAUCAGGACAAGGUAGGUGUUCACUUUCUGUUUUCUCUCACUUGCUGUCAUAUCUCAUUUUAUUUAUUACAAUUUUGGUUCAUCAUUUUAAUGGAGCUGGCAUUAAAUGUAUCAUACAUAACUCUUGAUGGGUUUUUCCAUGUGAACAAAUACAGAUAUCUUUAUUUUAUGAUCAUGUUUACUGUAUACAUUCUCAUACUCUGUUGUAAUUUCACCAUUGUAUUCCUCAUUGUGGUUGAGAAAAGUCUCCAUGAGCCUAUGUACAUUUUUAUUGCAGCUUUGCUAUUGAACUCUGUUAUGUUAAGCACUGUUAUUUACCCAAAGCUUUUGAUUGACUUUUUAUCUAAAAGACAGAUCAUAUUUUAUUCCGUCUGUCUCUUUCAGUUUUUUAUGUUUUACUCCUUGGGUGGUUCAGAAUUUUUACUCUUGUUUGCCAUGGCCUAUGACAGAUAUGUGUCUAUAUGCAAACCUCUGCAAUAUCCAAUUAUCAUGACAAAAAACACUAUCAGCAUUUUUUUAACCUUAGCUUGGAUUGUGCCUUCUUCUCAGGUUGCAGUGGCAGCUGUAUUAAUGGCCAAUAAAAAAAUCUGUAACUUUACUUUCACUGGAAUUUUUUGCAACAAUACAAUUUACAAGCUUCUAUGUGUGCAUUCAAAAGCACAGACUGUAUAUGAUAUGGUUGUACUAUUUAAUGUUGCAAUUCUCCCUGCAGUUUUCAUAUUCUUCACUUACACCAGGAUACUUGUGAUAUCCUAUCAAAGCUGUAAAGAAGUCAGGAGAAAAGCUGCACAGACCUGUUUGCCCCACUUGAUAGUUUUGAUCAGCUAUUUGUGUUUGUGUGCAUUUGAUAUCAUUAUAUCUGGUCUGGAGUCUAAUUUUCCAAAGAUUGUACAUUCAAUAUUGACUUUGCAAAUCGUAAUGUAUCCUCCCCUUUUCAAUCCAAUUAUAUAUGGACUAAAAAUGAAGGAGAUUUCUAAACACCUCAAAAGGUUGUUCUGCGCUGUCAAAAUAAACUAAUGUAUCAAUACUGUCAAUACUCAUUUUUUUACUUACAAACUGAUACAGUUGAAAUCAUUUGUGUUCAUGAUUAUGACUAAUUAAACAGUAACAUCAGUAUCAAUUAUGUAUUUUUCUUUUCCCUCCUGCUCUCAUGCAUGCAAGAAGCAGCAGUGACUCUAAAUGCCUACUGCAGGUAAAUACAGCCAUUCAUACUCGACUGCUCAAGCACUCAAAGACC